AGCACUGGGCACCGUAGCCUUGUCAAGGGAGGCGUGGUUCAGAUGAUUGACUCCGCCAUCUUCAUUGAAACGGAAAACAACGCGCCGCCGGGAUCUGCAUUGGAGCAGCACAUCCAAGGUCUUCGGAAAAGGUCCCGCACAGGAGCCGUCAACGCAACCGACUACGACUUCCUGUUGGACAACCCGAUCACCCUGAGCAUCGAGUCUAAUAGAAGCGAAGGCUUUGAGGCGGCGACGUUGCAGAUUGGAACCUGGCACGCGGCGCAUUGAACGUUCCUCGACCGCGUUGUGCACGACUCGUCGGACCUCGACGCCCUCGGCUAUCUGCCGGGGUUGAUCGUCCAGGGAGCGGAAUGGUACUUUGUGGCGUCCACGCGGCAAGACGAUAAGACGAUCCUGUGGACGAGACAGUCAAUCGGGUCCACGCAGUAUCUUCUUGGAACUUAUCGCGUUGUUCGUGCCCUGCAGUGCCUCGCUUGGUGGUCCGCUGAAGUUUAUUGGCCGUGGUUUUGCGACCACGUGCUCGUGAUGCCUUCGGUUGACGACGGUUGAAGAAUGGGUGGGCAUCUGCGCGAGUCGGAGAGCUUGUUCAUGCAUUCUGGCUGCGCUUUUCAAAACCUAGAUCUCUCGGGC